AGCCACGCACACCACGCCCAAUCGGCCGUCCCAGGAUUGGGCCACGCCAAAUCGGCAACCAGCAGGCUGGGCGUGGCGUGACAGAGCUGGCGGGUAGCGUUACGUGGCGGGGCUGCAGUGUGGAUUCGCCCCUCAGCCCUUCUGGAUUAAUUGGUGUGCUGUAGAUUAUGAAGCAAAGGGUAAAACAGCAGAGUUUCGGGCUGACUUUAAUGAAUCAACAAGUAUUUGCCUAUUGAGUUUAGAUCAUUCGUCCAUUCCAGAAGUAUCUACUCACGGCUCUGGGGGAAAGGUCCCCAGAGGUGUCUCUGUUAACAGUUCAGCGUGUAUCCAUCCUGACUCCUCCAGUGAAUGCAGAAACUUAUCCCAACAAGACAACAUGGCUCCCAAGAAGCCUGAGCCUAAGAAGGAGGCGGCCAAGCCAGCUCCAGCUCCAGCCCCUGCACCAGCCCCUGCCCUAGCUCCUGAGGCUCCCAAGGAACCUGCCUUUGACCCCAAGAGUGUAAAGAUAGACUUCACUGCCGACCAGAUUGAAGGUGAGUAUGGACAACCCCACCUCUCCGUCUAUUUUGCACUUUCCUGGAGGAGGAGGAGGAGGAGGAGGAAGAAGAGGAGGAGUAGUUGUUCUCAUGAGUUCAAAGAGGCCUUUUCAUUGUUUGACCGGACCCCGACUGGAGAGAUGAAGAUCACCUACGGCCAGUGCGGGGAUGUACUGCGGGCCCUGGGCCAGAACCCUACCAAUGCCGAGGUGCUGCGCGUGCUGGGCAAGCCCAAGCCCGAAGAGAUGAAUGUCAAGAUGCUGGACUUUGAGACGUUCUUGCCUAUCCUGCAACACAUUUCCCGCAACAAGGAGCAGGGCACCUAUGAGGACUUCGUGGAGGGCCUGCGUGUCUUUGACAAGGAGAGCAAUGGCACGGUCAUGGGUGCUGAGCUUCGGCACGUCCUUGCCACCCUGGGAGAGAAGAUGACUGAGGCUGAAGUGGAGCAGCUGUUAGCUGGGCAAGAGGACGCCAAUGGCUGCAUCAAUUACGAAGCCUUUGUCAAGCACAUCAUGUCAGGGUGAAGCAGAGUCUUCCAGGUGCCUGGCCCUUGGCCUUAGCCAUACCAGGGUGAGUUAGAGAGAGGCCCUGGAUGGGUGAGCUGAGAUGGAGUCCUCGACUUAUCACCACACCACUGCCCCAAGGAGCUUACAGGCCCUCCCUGUUAAUAAACAGCUCUAAUAUGGCCAGGCUAGGCUCUGGAAUUCUGA